CUCCGAGGCCUCCGGUGGCGGUAUUGCAGCAACAAGCUCAACAACCGGCAAUAAACCCAAAGAAGAAGACGGACUCCAAAUCCACCAGAAAAUAAAGUGACAGUAUGGCGACAACCAUCAGCACUCAGAGGGGGCAGGUGUAUAUUGGGGAGCUUCCACAGAGUUUUCUGCGGAUCACGCCCACCCAGCAGCAACAGCAAGUCCAUCUGGAUGCCCAGGCAGCCAGACAGUUACAGUAUGGUGGAUCAGUAGGCGCUGUAGGGCGGCUCAGCAUAACUGUGGUCCAGGCUAAGCUGGCGAAAAACUAUGGUAUGACUCGAAUGGAUCCAUACUGUCGGAUUCGUCUGGGUUAUGCAGUGUACGAAACACCAACUGCCCAUAAUGGAGCCAAGAACCCACGUUGGAACAAAGUGAUCCAGUGCACUGUGCCCCCUGGCGUGGAUUCUUUCUAUCUGGAAAUCUUUGAUGAGCGAGCAUUCUCCAUGGAUGACAGGAUAGCAUGGACUCAUGUGACCAUCCCUGAAGGCCUAAGGGACGGCAAUGUAGUGGAUGAGUGGUACAGCCUAAGUGGCAGACAGGGUGAUGACAAAGAAGGAAUGAUCAACCUGGUUAUGUCUUUUGCUUCCUUACCAGCAGGAGUAAUGACUCAGCCUGUUGUCCUGAUGCCUUCUGUGUAUCAGCAGGGAGUAGGAUACGUGCCCAUUACAGGAGUUCCUGCAGUAUACAAUCAGGGAGUUGUGCCAAUGGGCAUGCCAGCAACCUUGCCGGCUGUUCGAGGCCAUGGGCCUAUAUGCAACGAGGAGGACCUAAAAGCGUUGCAGGAUAUGUUUCCAAACCUGGAUAAGGAGGUGGUUCGCACUGUGCUCGAUGCACAGCAGGGUGACAAGGAUGCUGCCAUCAAUUCUCUGCUUCAGAUGGCUGAGGAGCUCUAAUUGCAGUAUACAAUCUUACAGUGAACAUGUAUUAGCUUCAGAUCCUAAUUCACAUGCUUGCAAAUUUACACUUUUUAGGGGCAUGAGAUGAUUUGGUUUUACUUUUUUGGAACUAUGAAGCCAGGGACUUAAUGCAGCACUUCCCCAAGUUUUCACUUUAAAGCAAAACCUAUUUCUUUACUUGAAUUCUGAAACCAAGUCUUAAUGGAGAAACACAUUGAUGUUUUUAGGAUUUGCUAAAUGCCAAUUGACUUAAUUAGCCUAAUUUGGUGAAAUUAUAAUGAUAAUAUAGUAAAAUGUGUCUCUGACAUGCUGGAGCCCCUGGAGUUCCAUCAGCUCUAUCUGCUGGCCUCUGGCAAGAAUGGUUUCUUAUCCUUUUAAUGAACAUUUAUUGAGUCCUGCUUUUUUCUGGUAAAUGAGUAUUAGGUAGAAGUAGGUAAUUGAGUAUUGUGAUUAUUUGUAAAUGAAAUGAAGUAGUACUUGACCAUUUUAGUGACGUAUAAAUUAGAAACAUGUCUAGCUGUAAAAUCUUUAUUUCCACAUGUUAAUUGUUUUUUGUGUUCCAAAAAAGUUGUGUUGCCAGAUCUACAGCCAUUACUAAUAUGUAUAGAGUUAAAAAGUGCAGGGAAAUAUAAGGAUGAACAACAAGAUAUUGGGAAAGAGAGUAUAUAAACUAUAAAUAUUUACUGAAUAAGUUAUAUAUUAGUGAAAAGCUAAAUUCUUGUAAACGUCUUGUAAAUUAAAUACGUGUGUGUGUGUAUAUAUAUAUAUAUAUAUAUAUAUAUGAGUAACAAGUCAUCAUGAUCAAUUAGCUUGAGUAUAGAUCUGGACAGAGUAAUUUAGUUUAUUUCUAAGGACUGUUAUAUUCACAGCAGGUUUAGCAGCAGUUUUAUUUUGAUAUGUACAGUCGAUACAUGAAAGAUUUUGUUCUGUGCUACCAGCCAAAGAUUUAUGUAACUCUUCUCUUUCAAAGAAUUUGCAUGUUUAAAAUGUAAAGUUAGUGUAAAUUCCUUCUUUUUUUUAUUAAACUAUUCUUCAAUAUU